GUGUGACGUGUUUUUGCUACGUGUCGGGAAGUCUGCAGUCAACAUGGCGGCGCAACAGAGCGAUGUGGACGAGCUGUUCGACGUUAAAAAUGCUUAUUACAUCGGCAGUUAUCAACAGUGCAUCAAUGAGGCACAGAAGGUGAAGCCGUCUUCCCCUGACAAGGAGGUUGAAAGGGACAUGUUUCUGUACAGAGCAUACAUCGCUCAGAGGAAGUAUGCUGUUGUUCUGGAUGACAUCAAGGCCAACUCUCCCCCUGAACUUCAGGCUGUGAAGAUGUUUGCGGAAUAUUUGUCCAGCGAAAGCAAAAGAGAUGCCAUUGUUGCGGACCUGGAAAAGAAGAUGACAAAGAGUGUUGAUGCUGCCAACACUACUUUCCUCCUCAUGGCUGCUUCCAUUUACUACCAUGAGAUGAACACUGAUGCUGCUCUCAGGACUCUGCACCAAGGGGAAAGCCUGGAAUGUAUGGCGAUGAGCAUUCAGGUGCUUCUGAGUCUGGAUCGAGUUGACCUGGCCAGGAAAGAGCUGAAGAAAAUGCAGGAGCAGGAUGAGGAUGCCACUCUCACUCAACUAGCCACAGCGUGGGUCAAUAUUGCUGUGGGCGGAGAGAAGCUGCAGGAUGCCUACUACAUUUUCCAGGAGAUGUCUGACAAGUACUCAUCCACACUGCUGCUCCUCAAUGGGCAGGCAGCCUGCUACAUGGCUCAGAACAAAUGGGAAGAGGCCGAGGGAGUGCUGCAGGAAGCGCUGGAUAAGGACAGCAGCCACCCUGAGACGCUGAUCAACCUCAUAGUGCUGACCCAGCACCUGGGCAAAGCUCCCGAGGUAACCAAUCGGUACCUCUCCCAGCUGAAAGAUGCACACAGAGCCCACCCAUUCCUCAAAGACUACUUAGCCAAGGAGAAUGAGUUUGACAGACUAACGAUGCAGUACGCUCCCACCGCUUCAGCGUAAAACAUCUGCUUUCACUGAGGCGCCUCUACAAUGAAAUUUAGUUUAAAACCAUGACAGCAACACUUUACUUCUCUCGCUCUCUCUCUCGUUUGCAUGUCUUUGUUUUGAUAUAUUCACAUGGAAGGUUUGGCUGUGUUACUUAAACCACCUAGAAGUCAUAACUUCCCUUUUGGGCAAAUGAAAUGUUUCUGUUCUGGUAUCCAUUCUUUAGAACUCUGUAUUUCUCCUACAGAUAUUAACAAAUCUGUGCUGUGGCAACAUUCCUUUUGAAAUGAUAAUAAAUGUUUAAAACCUG